ACCACACGCAUGUGAUACGUGUGAUUAUAGAUGCUCUCGGAUGCGUACUCUCAAGCGACACAAACGCAUUCAUACAGGAGAGAAACCAUAUGUGUGUGAUAUUUGUUCAUAUUCAUGUUCUAACUUUGGUUACAUGAAGGUGCACAUUCGAACUCACUCAGGCGAAAAGCCUUAUGCAUGUGACACAUGUGACUACAGGUGCAGUAACCUAUCCAAUCUUAAGACACACAAGCGAACUCACACAGGCGAGAAACCCUAUGCAUGUGAUACAUGUGACUACAGGUGUACUCAACUAGACGGUCUUACGGCACACAAGCGAACUCACAUAGAAGAGAAACCAUUUGCGUGUGAUACAUGUGACUACCGGUGCCGUCACCUAUCCAGUCUUGUGACACACAUACGAACUCACGCAGGAGAGAAGCUCUAUGCAUGUGACACAUGUGACUACAGGUGCACUGAAGUGGCUAAACUCAAGCGACACAAACGCAUCCAUACAGGAGAGAAGCCCUACGUGUGUGACAUUUGUUCAUAUUCAUGUUCUCGCUUGAGUCGUCUGAAGGUGCACUUUCGAACACACUCAGGUGAAAAGCCUUAUUCAUGUGACAAAUGCGAGUACAAAUGUACGUCAGCCAAAUCUCUUAAGCAACACAAGGGCAUUCAUACAGGAGAGAAACCACACGCAUGUGAUACGUGUGAUUAUAGAUGCUCUCGGAUGCGUACUCUCAAGCGACACAAACGCAUUCAUACAGGAGAGAAACCAUAUGUGUGUGAUAUUUGUUCAUAUUCAUGUUCUAACUUUGGUUACAUGAAGGUGCACAUUCGAACUCACUCAGGCGAAAAGCCUUAUGCAUGUGACACAUGUGACUUCAGGUGCAGUAACUCAUCCAAUCUUAAGACACAUGAGCGAACUCACACAGGAGAGAAACCAUACGCGUGUGAUAUGUGUGACUUUAGCUGCUCUCGGAUGCCUGACCUCAAGCGACAUAAACGCAUUCACACGGGAGAGAAACCCUAUACAUGUGAUAUGUGUGACUACAGGUCCAAUCAGCCAGCAAAUCUCAAGACACACAAGCUAACUCACAUGGGAGGAAAGCCCUAGACACGUGAUAACACACUGUCAAUGAUAUAGCUGUUCUGUUCUAUGUGGACAAACAAGACAAGACGUCUGGCUAGCUGGAGCCACGUACUGUUGCUACGUACAUAAACUAGUGUCGUUUAUUAUACAAACACCAACUGCGCAUGACACGCCUAUAUAUUCAGUAACAAUAGAACAUCUUCCCCGUUUUCAAAAGAAAUUACACAAAUUAAGCCAUUCAGUAUACAGCAUAUAAUUGCCACUCAAUAUUUAACAUAAAGAACUAUAUAUGGUUGACAAUACACUUAAACCAUGUUCACGUCAUAGCUUAUAACUAUUUACAUAGAUGUAAUCACUCUGGGUUUUACCACCCUACCAUAGCGCGUGGUGUAUAAGCCAGAAUCGAGCCUUUUUGAAUUACUCUCACUGGACACAAAUCUCUUAACUUCAACUUUCAAGCUGCUUUGCUGAGAUUUGUGUAGGCCGGUCGGAUGUGAUAGGGUUGUAUGACACUAGUAGCUUCUAUCAUGACCCCCAUUACUGGGGUCUGUGUUGGCUCGGACUAAUGCACAAACCCCCCCCCAUUACAAUCUUCAUCUGCUCUGUCAUUCGUCAGAUUCAGGAACUUGCUAGAGCUAAAUUGCUUGCUAUAU